AGCCAGUUAGUUGUGCUAUUAUCAUACAAUGAUUUACCUUAGAUGUGCCUUGAUUGUAACAACGGCGCUACUGCUCUCCGGAACAGAUCCAGUCCAAUCGAAGAAUGUGCCAGAUCAGUCGUUUCCACUGACGUUGAUACACAUCAACGAUCUACACGCACGAUUCGAGGAAACUAACCAGAAGUCUUCGGCAUGUUUGAAAUCGAGCGAAUGUAUAGCGGGCAUUGCACGCGUUUACCAUACGAUCAAAUCGUUGAAGGAGCAGUACAAGGCCCAGAAUCCACUGUACCUCAAUGCCGGCGAUAAUUUCCAGGGUACGCUCUGGUACACGCUACUGCGCUGGAACGUUACGGCACACUUCAUUAAACAGCUGCCCCCAGAUGCGAUGACGCUGGGUAAUCACGAGUUCGACCAUAGCCCCAAAGGUCUGGCGCCGUAUCUACGAGAGCUGGACAAGAAGCACAUUCCGACCGUGGUCGCUAACAUCGCCUUGAACGGGGAGCCCGCGUUAAGUGAGUCGAAGAUCACGCGCAGCAUUGUGCUCGAUGUUGCUGGCAGAAAGGUUGGCGUAAUUGGAGCCUUGUACGAUAAAACUCAUGAGGUAUCUCCAACCGGUAAGGUAACCUUCACCAACUCCAUCGAGGCUGUACGGAAAGAGGCUCAAAAGCUAAAGUCGGACGGUGUUGAGAUCGUCAUUGUGCUGUCACACUGUGGUUUGGAUGCGGACAAGCAGCUGGCAGAAAAGGCUGGCGAUCUGUUUGAUGUGAUCGUUGGAGCUCAUUCCCAUUCGCUGUUGCUGAACAAAACGGGCACCGUACAGUACGAUUCGAAGUAUGAUGAAGUAGAAGGAGAAUAUCCUAUCGUGGUCAAGAAAGCUAACAAUCAUAAGGUACUGAUCACCCAAGCACGAUCGUACGGAAAAUACGUGGGCAGGCUGACUGUGCUGUUUGACAAGAAGGGUGAGAUCCAAAGCUGGGAUGGUAAUCCGAUCUACAUGAGCAACGCGGUACCACAGGAUAAGGCCAUACUGAAGGAGCUUAUACCCUGGCGCAAAGAGGUUCAGCGACUUGGAGAUGAGCCGAUCGGAACGACGGAAGUGCUGCUCGAUUAUGCCUCCUGUCGCUGGUGCGAAUGCACCCUUGGCAGUCUGGUAGCAGAUGCCUUCGUGGCUAAUUACACCACCGCAUCGCGCAAACCGAUUGCAAUAGUACUUGCUGGAACCUUUAGAAACUCGAUCAACGUUGGCAAAAUUACCAACGGACUAGCGAUCGAGGCCUCACCCUACGGUUCCUCGGCCGAUCUGGUGAAGCUCACAGGCAACGAUCUAUGGCAGGUGAUCGAGCAAUCGCUUACGCUCGAUGAUGAGUUCCGGUACAACACGGUGCAGGUAUCGGGAUUGAAGAUCCAGAUCGAUCUCACGCAGGCCCCUCACAAGCGAGUGCAGAGUAUCGAGCUAACCGAGACGAAGAAACCUCUGGACAAAUCGAAAGAGUAUCUCGUUGCCACCACUUCCUACCUCGCCGAUGGCAAGAAUGGGUUCGAUGUGAUGAAGCGAGCCAAGGAGCGCGUGACGGGACCAUUGGAUUCGGAUGUGUUGAUCGAUUUCAUACGCAAGGAGCGCACGAUCAAGCGGCAGCGGUUCGAGGCACCCCGGCUCAUCAUCACAAAGCACACGAACGGUACCUGUACGCGGGCUGUGGACAAGGAACGGUUCACACCAAAGAAGCUCUAGUUGCGCAGGUUUAUGGUUCAUUAUCUAUUCCCAGAAUGGUUGCCUAUUAGAUCAACAAAGAAUAAAAUCGUCUUAGAUCAGUCUAUAGAA